ACUGGAUUUUAUCAUAGAUUUUAAUAUAAAUUAAUAACAGUGAAUUUAACAGUUUCGCGAUUAAUUCUCAACUGUGGUCAACAGUUUUACAAUUUUAUCCUUUAUCAUCAAGUUUUUUUUUAAAUUUUGUUGAGUUUCAUAAUAUGUUCUCAUUUCUCAGCGAUACUGAACGAUGAACAUAAGAAUCUACGACCUACGUCAAUUGUUAAUAGAUUCAAUCUACCUAUGCCUCCGAGUUCUGACAUCAUUACAGGUCACCAAUCACCAUUCGACAGUCGACACACUCGACACUGACGACACUUAUCAGUUAUCAUUCAAUAGUGAAGCCGUGUAAAUUAUUUGUUAAUUGUUUAAAAUUGUUUAAAAUAUUAAAUAACGGAUUUCGUCAAUAACGAAUAACGACAACAACACAUACCUAAGUCGCAAUCUAUUUAAAUCUGUUCACGAUGGCGGACGAACCCUCUGAACUUCCGCCCAAAGUACUCAAUGUGCUCAAGACGGCAUCGGAAGAAAUAUUGAAGUCACAGGAUGGAUAUUGUUUUACGAUGGAUAACUCAUCCGAUAAAGAUGUCGAUGAUACGUUUACUUAUAACGCAUCUGAGCUGGCUGACUUGGCUGAGUUUAUUAACUUCGAUAUGAUUGGAGAGGAAGGUGACAAUCUAGAUUCUUUUAACCAUCUCAUUACCAAAACAAAUCACCAAGAUCUGACUGGCGAUCGUAAGGUGCUAAAAAUAUUACUGGAAUCGGGAAUUGGUCAAGUUGUGCCAGAAAACUAUGUAGUUUUUCUACAUUAUAUUGCUUAUAUAUCAAACCUUCAAGAACCAUUUGAUGUAACAUAUAUUCAAGGAAGACGACCUAAACGUUUUACUUUGGGUAAUGGUGAACUAUUGCCAGGAUUAGAAAUAGGUAUAAAAACAAUGACUUUGGGUGAGCACGCAAGAUUUAUAAUAAAGCCAGAAUUGGCUUACAGAGAAUUAGGAUGCCCACCUCGCAUACCACCAAACGCAACUAUUCUAUUUGAUGUCCAUCUUGUUUCCUAUUUAUCGCCUGAUAAUAUUUUAACUUUUGACAAGGAAAACCGCGAUCCUAACUUAUUUGAUAAAAAUCUUGUACAAGUUAAAAAAUAUCAUCUUGAAGCUAAUGAACAAUUUAAACUUAAAAAUAUAGAUAAAGCUGUAUUUAAAUAUAAUCGGGCACUGGAACUGCUGCAUUUAGCUGGGUGCAAAAGUAACUUUGAAGAAAUAGAAAUGAUGAAAUAUUUGAAUAAGCUUUAUACAAAUUUAAGCUUGUGCUAUUUAAAGCAAUGUGCUUUUAAUAAAGUAUGUCGUAUGGGUAUAGAGGCAAUGAAGUAUUCAGAGAGAUUUUCUAAACGCUCUGCAAAAUUAUUUUUUAACUGGGGAAAAGCAUUACGUCUACUUAAAGAUUUUACAGAAGCUAAUAAAAAGAUUCAAAUAGCAUUGAAACUUGAACCUCAAAAUGAAUCAAUACAUAAUGAAAUUCGUAAAUUAGAAAAAGAUAAAGAAUUUCAUCGUAACAUUGAGUUAAUUACAUUUAAAGAUGAUAACAAUACUGAUGACAAUGAAAGGCUGGCUCCUGAAUUUUGGGAAGUAUUCAAUACUCAUUUAAUCGAGUUUUAUAAUAGUGAUGAUGAUGUAUUAACAGUUAUGUUGAACAAAAACCCCAAUGACAUUGAGGUAGUAAAAAAUAAAGCAAGUUUUUAUGACCUUCAAGUUCACAUUAUAAAAAAAGCUGGGGUUGAGACUAAUUGUAUCGCAAUCCAAAAAUAACUAACUGUUAAUUUAUUUUAUUUCUCCUUCCUACAAAUUUUGAAUUUGUAAAAUAAUUAAACUUAAUUUAUCAUAAUUCAUAAGCAUUAAAUCAAACAAUCUGGUUAAUUUUUAAUAAUGCAAUUUUAAUAUUCAGUAAAUAAUAUUGGUAUCGGUUUAAUGUAUGGUCUUAACUGGUCAUCAAUAAUUUAUUGAAACUUGUAUAUUAUAUAUUUGUAUUAGUUUUAAUCAUGCUUCAUUGUCAAACUGUAAUUUGUGAAAUUUUUGUUAUAUAGUCAACAAUGAAUUUGCUUGUUUGGCUGUAAAGAUCACAAAUUUAUUAUUUUUUUUUUUUUCAUUAUAAAAAUUUUUUUAUAUUAUACUAUAAUUUUAGAAAAAAACCAAAACCAAAUCAAUUUACUCAAUAUUUACUAAUAAGCAAGUUUAAUGUCAGGGUUUAGCUAUAAUUACAUUGUUUUAUAAAAUUAAAAUAUUUUGAAUUAACA